UGGUGGAGUCACCGUCACCCAAACUGGUCACACCACCGUCGACAUAGCCUACUGCCUGCUGGGAUGAAGCUCGACACCGGAGAACUACAGAGAUUGUUACAAAUCUGAGAUCACUCGCACCCAAAUCUCAGCGAUAAAACGCGUCUCAACGAGCCGAAAUCAGCACUUCAUUACCGGGGAGACGGGAGGAGAGAGAGAGGCGCGCUGCCAACAUGAUGGAAGAAAUAGACAGAUUUCAAGUGCCGAGCGCCGUGCAGGAGGCGGAGAUGCAGGCUGAGAUGCAGCCGCUGGACCCAGCCUCGUCCACGGCCUCAGAGGCGGACUCGGACCACAGAGAGGGGGAACCUGUCACUAUCAACUACAAGCCCUCGCCCCUUCAGAUGAAAAUAGAGAAACAGAGAGAGCUGGCUAGGAAGGGCUCAUUGAAGAACGGCAACGCUGUAGGUAGUCCAGUCAACCAGCAGCCCAAGAAGAACAACGUCAUGGCCAGAACACGGUUGGUAGUGCCCAAUAAAGGCUAUUCCUCUUUAGACCAGAGCCCAGAUGAGAAGCCCUUGGUGGCCCUAGACACAGACAGUGAUGACGAUUUUGACAUGUCUAGAUACUCAUCGUCGGGAUACUCCUCUGCGGAGCAAAUCAAUCAGGAUCUGAACAUACAGCUGCUGAAAGAUGGUUACCGCCUAGACGAGAUCCCGGACGACGAGGACCUGGAUCUGAUCCCGCCCAAAUCAGUCAACCCCACCUGCAUGUGCUGCCAGGCAACCUCCUCCACCACCUGUCAAAUACAGUAACCCCACCUCUCUGACCUUUUGCCCCUAACCCCUUUCCACACAAUAUAACCCCCAAUCUUCAUCUGCUGUGAGUUUACUUCGCCGCCACAGUGGUGACAGUGAAGCAUUGGUAGAGUAUUGUAAUGACAGUUAAGUGCUAUGAUGAUAAUGACAAUGAGAAAUAAUCAAAUUAAUGUAUAGAGUAUUUGGUUUAACAUGUAGGAGAAGGAACACAUUUGAAAAUAUUUAAUAUGUAUUUAAAAUAUGAGUAAAAGUAGUGGUUUCCUCCUAUGGUAGGACGUGCACUUGUGUUUGAGAAACCCCUCUCCUGGUGAACAUGACGUAACACGCCGAUAUUAGUGGACAGAAAACAGAAGGUCAAUUGAUGCUAUAAAGUGAAUUACAUUUCCCUGAAGAAUAAGAACCAUCAUAACUGCUGACUCAACUGUUCUGCUUACCUUUCUGAAUUCCUGGUUGCAUUUUUCUAGGUUUUUUUAUUAUUUGGUAGUUUUUAUUUAAAUGCUUACUUUUUUAAACUUGAAGGAUAAGUAUGAUUUUAUGUGUUGACGUGGGGAUAUUUUUAGAAGCGUGGACUGCGGUCUUGGUAUCCCUUAAAUAGAUCUGGUACCGUAUUCAUUGUACUGUACAGGGUUGUAAUGUAGCACAGGCCAGGUCGUUGCACUCAUUCACACCACCCUCGACACUUUUGCGUUCUUUGCCCUACUGGCUUGAGAUGUUCCGGUACAGAGUUUUAGGGAUGAAUGUAUGAACAUGAAUGGCUGAGGAACAAAAUUGCAUGAAGAGCACUGGACUGAAUAAUUAAAUGGAAAAUAAUAAGGAAGUAGCUUGUUGCACAUUUGAUUUUGUUGCCCUAUUUCUAUUGUGCAAUCACAUGCUACUGUUGUGACACUAGCUUGACUUGUAUUGUUUUGAAUUUGCACAUUUUUUAUUAGUAUUAUUUUUUUGGGGCCCAUAUCUGUGUACUCUUUCCUGCAUAGCAGUGACAGUGUCUUAUCUGAAAUGAACUGUGUCAAAAGGGAAGAUUACAUAUCAUUACAAUAACCCUC